CAUUCCAUUCUGGCGCUCAGCUCUGCCACCCCCUUGCCAGGAUACCAUGUCUCUCCGACUUUCCAGCGGCUCCCGGAGGGCCUAUCCCCAUUCCACCACAGGAUCGCUUAGGCUGGCGGGCAGGGGAGCCAGCUUCGGGGCUGAAAAUGCUUGCAGCAUGCCUGGAAUUGGAAGUGGCUUCUCGUGUGCCUUCGGGAGCAGCGCACUGGGAGGAAAUACGGGCGGAAGCAACUCCUGUGCUGGCUUCACCGUGAAUGAGGGGGGCCUCCUCUCCGGCAAUGAGAAGGUGACCAUGCAGAACCUCAACGACCGCCUGGCAUCCUACCUGGACAACGUGCGUGCUCUGGAGGAGGCCAAUGCAGACCUGGAGCAGAAGAUCAAGGGCUGGUACGAGAAAUUUGGGCCUGGUUCUUGCCGUGGUCUUGAUCACGACUAUAGUCGAUAUUUCCCUAUAAUUGAUGAUCUCAAAAGUCAGAUCAUUGCUUCCACCACCAGCAAUGCUAAUGCUGUUCUACAGAUCGAUAAUGCCAGGCUGACAGCUGAUGACUUCAGACUCAAGUAUGAAAAUGAGCUGGCUCUUCACCAGAGCGUGGAGAGUGACGUCAACGGGCUGCGCAGAGUUCUGGAUGAAAUAACCCUGUGCAGAACGGACCUGGAGAUUCAGUAUGAAACCCUGAGUGAGGAAAUGACUUACCUCAAAAAGAACCAUAAAGAGGAAAUGCAAGUUCUGCAGUGCGCCGCGGGGGGCAACGUGAACGUGGAGAUGAACGCGGCGCCCGGCGUGGACCUCACGGUUCUGCUCAACAACAUGCGCGCUGAGUACGAAGCGCUCGCCGAGCAGAACCGCCGGGAUGCGGAGGCCUGGUUCAACGAGAAGAGCGCUUCGCUGCAACAGCAGAUCUCUGAGGAUGUGGGGGCCACAACCUCCGCCCGGAAUGAGCUGACGGAGAUGAAGCGCAAUCUCCAAACACUGGAGAUUGAACUUCAGUCUCUAUUAGCCACGAAACAGUCCCUGGAGUGCUCCCUAUCCGAGACGGAAGGCAACUACUGUGCACAGCUGGCCCAGAUCCAGGCUCAGAUCGGGGCCCUGGAGGAGCAGCUGCACCAGGUCAGAACCGAGACCGAGGGCCAGAAACUUGAGUACGAGCAGCUCCUGGACAUCAAGGUCCACCUGGAAAAAGAAAUCGAGACCUACUGCCUCCUCAUUGGUGGAGAUGAUGGGACUUGCAAGUCUGGAGGUUACAAGUCUAAAGAUUAUGGGUCUGGAAACAUGGGAAGUCAGGUCAAAGAUCCAGUCAAACCCAUAGUGGUUAAGAAAGUUCUUGAGGAGGUAGACCAACGCAGCAAAAUACUGAGCACCAGGCUCCACUCUCUGGAAGAGAAGUCUCAAAGCAAUUAAUUUGAGACAUAAGAGCUAGCAUAUGCCAAAUACUUUCUGAGAAGAGAAGGCAUAAUAUGUCUGUCCAGAAAAAUGAGCAAGUCUAAAAAAAAAUGUCUGUCCCUUUGUCUUUCUGUUACUGAAAUAUAAACUGUAGCAAUCAAUAGUAGGAUCUCCCCAUUCAUCUGGAAGAAAGUCACAUACAAAUGUGAUGACUCAUUGAUUACCUUACAGAAAAUGUUGUCAAUUCUUUGUGUUCAAUAAACCUUCCUUCAGCAAGUUA